UCAGCUCAGUUCUCCAGCGCCCUCACCGGCUCACCAGCCCAAGUUUACGCACAGGGAUGCGGGCGCGUAGAGCAUUCUGAAAAUGGCUUUCUUUAGGAUUUACUCAUUUCUUAUUACUUUUCACCUAUUAGUAUUUUGUCAAGCCUUGAGGAAUUAUCCGGAUAAUGAAGUUACUCUGCUUGACUCUAUGUCUGCCCCAGGUGAUCUGGGUUGGGAAGCGUAUCCUCCAGAGGGGUGGGAGGAGAUAAGUGUGAUGGAUGAGCGGAACAUACCUAUGAGGACCUACCAGGUGUGCAAUGUAAUGGAGGCCAAUCAGAACAACUGGCUGCGCACUGGCUUGAUCCAGCGAGAAGGCGCCCAACGCAUCUACGUGGAGAUCAAAUUCACUCUACGUGACUGCAAUAGCCUGCCGGGAGUUCCUGGAACCUGUAAGGAGACAUUCAACGUAUACUACCACGAGACCAACAAUGCAAUCGCUGCCCCUUUACGUCACAUUCGCGAGAGCCAGUAUGUUAAGAUUGACACUAUCGCGGCCGAUGAGAGCUUCACACAGACGGACGUCGGUGAUCGCGUUAUGAAGCUAAACACGGAAGUUCGAGACAUCAGUGGUCUCAGUAAGAGGGGCUUGCACCUGGCAUUUCAGGACCUGGGUGCUUGCAUUGCUCUGGUGUCGGUUAGAGUCUUUUAUAAGCGUUGUCCUCUGGCUGUGCUCAAUCUGGCCCGCUUCCCAGACACAGUGACGGGCAGCGAUUCAGCACUGGUGGAAGUGCGCGGCACUUGUGUGGAGGAUGCGGAAGAGCUGGAGGGGCCUCGGAUGUUCUGUAGCGCUGAUGGAGGUUGGCUGGUGCCCAUCGGCCGCUGUGUCUGCCAUAGAGGCUUCGAGGAGGUGGAUGGACACUGCCAACCAUGCCGGUCAGGUUUCUACAAGGCCUCUGCCAUGGAUGCAUACUGUGUGAAGUGCCCUCCACACAGCUACUCAAACCAGGACAAGGCCUCUGAGUGUGUGUGCGAGAGAGGUUUCUAUAGGGCAGAAUCGGACCCGCGCUCUAUGGCUUGCACAAGACCACCUUCUUCGCCUGGCAAACCUAUUUCCAUGGCCAACGAGACAGCGGUGACACUCGAAUGGAGUCCUCCUCGCGACAGUGGUGGACGUGGGGAUGUCACCUACAGUGUCCACUGCAAGAAGUGCUCAGGAGAAACAGUGCCGGGGACCAGUCGAAAUGCAGAGAGGUGUGUUCCCUGUGGCAGCGGUCCUCACUUCAACCCUAGGCAGUUUGGCUUGAUGCAUCCAAGAGUUCUGAUCACAGAGCUGCAGCCCCACACCAGUUACACCUUCAGUAUAGAAGCCUUGAACGGAGUCUCGGAUCUCAGCCCAAGUCCACGUCAACUAGUGUCGGUCAAUAUCACCACCAGCAAAACAGUCAGCGUAAUCGUAAAGGAAUGGAAGGGAACCGACAGUGUUACAUUGGCAUGGCAGGGUCCAGAGUCAUCCGAUGGGACUGUUGUGGAAUAUGAGGUUACCUAUUAUGAAAAGAAUCAGCAGGAUCAGAACUACACGGUGCUGAAGACCAAAUCUAACAGUAUGAUAGUAGAUGGACUCAAGCCAGGAACUACGUACGUGUUCAGGGUUCGAGCCCGUACAGAUGGUGGCUAUGGGAACUACAGGGGCGAGAUCGAGUUGGAGACCAGCCACGAAGACAUGUUGGCGGUUGGAGACCCAAACCAGCAAACCAUCCUGGCCAUCUCGGUGGCUGGUGGUGCAGUUCUGCUGGUCUUACUGGUGGCCUGUUUUGUCGUGAGUGGACGGGGCUGUGGAUAUAUUAAGGCAAAGCAAGACCCAGAGGAAGAGAAAAUGCAGUUUCAGCAUGGACGAGGCACACUUCCUGAAAGUCGUACUUAUAUUCACCCGCACACAUACGAGGACCCCAACCAGGCUGUGCGAGAUUUCGCCAAAGAGAUAGAAGUCUCUAACAUCCGAAUUGAGAGAGUUAUUGGGGCAGGUGAGUUUGGAGAAGUGUGCAGUGGGCGUUUGAGGCUGCCCAGUAAGAGAGAAAUCCACGUGGCCAUUAAGAGUCUUAAAGCUGGAUACUCAGAUCAGCAGAGACGAGAUUUCCUGAGUGAGGCCAGCAUCAUGGGCCAGUUUGACCACCCCAACAUCAUUAGACUGGAGGGAGUUGUCACCAGAUGUAAGCCUGUGAUGAUAGUGACAGAAUACAUGGAAAAUGGAUCUCUGGACACUUUUUUAAAGAAACAUGAUGGACAAUUCACAGUUAUCCAGCUGGUAGGAAUGCUGCGUGGGAUAGCAGCGGGAAUGCAGUACCUCUCAGAGAUGAACUACGUGCACCGUGAUUUGGCAGCACGAAAUAUUCUGGUGAACGGAAAUCUGGUGUGCAAAGUGUCUGACUUUGGGCUGUCACGUGUGCUGGAGGAUGAUCCAGAGGCGGCAUAUACAACGCGGGGUGGCAAGAUUCCCAUUCGAUGGACGGCCCCUGAAGCCAUCACCUACAGGAAGUUCACAUCAGCCAGUGACACGUGGAGUUAUGGCAUUGUAAUGUGGGAAGUGAUAUCCUAUGGUGAGCGGCCAUACUGGGAAAUGUCCAAUCAGGAUGUGAUAAAAGCUAUAGAUGAAGGCUACAGGCUGCCGGCUCCAAUGGACUGUCCGGUGGUACUGCACCAGCUCAUGUUAGACUGCUGGGAAAAGAAUCGCAGUGAUCGACCAAAAUUUGAGCGGAUUGUCAACACCCUGGACAGGCUGAUCCGGAAUCCUAGCAGCCUGAAGCAGCUGACCAACACUGCAGUCUGGGAGGACCCAGUGACCCCUGAGGCUGGGGUCAGCACAGUGAAGGACUGGCUGGACUUAAUUAAAAUGGGUCAGUACAAGGAGCACUUCUCCAGUGCUGGCUACGCAACUCUUGACUCAGUUCUGUACGUCAGUGCCAGUGAACUGGAUAAGAUGGGUGUUGCACUGGCGGGCCAUCAGAAAAAGAUCCUAACUAGUAUCCAGUGUCUUCACACACAGCACGGGAAUCAAAUUUCAGGAGAAUGCGGCAAUACCUUCCCUUUUGUGAUCAGCGUCCAGAAAUCUUCAGAGAUAGCAGAUCGCUGCUCAAAGACUGCGAUAUCUAUUGAUCCAGGGGAUGCGAGGACUAGAACCGACACCAUGUGACAUCACAGCACUGUGAACAUCACGCUCCACUCCUCACUGUACAGAAGAAAGACAUUGAGAAGAUCCACUGAUUGUGUCUUGUGAUUCUUUUAACUGUCUUACAAGCUAUGCUUGUUCGAUCUUUUGAAUAUGACACUUGUAUCUUGGUGGACUUGAAUGAGGAGGAUGAAUAACCUUCAGAUGGCCUUGCAAACUUGCGUGCAUGGUAAUAGUGUAGAAAUGUUCAUGAAAGACUGCUCGCCAGUAGAUGCAAAAAGCAGUGAAGCACUGAUCUAUCCUUCACACAUUCACACGCGUACACAGUAGAGCCGCUCCUUGGCCCAAAAUGCCACUUCGGACAUUUCUCGUCAAGUCCUUGGCAGAGUCAUUGAAAUCUGUUGAUUCCAUAGCGGAGUAUUUGGAGGCCUCACCUCUUCCCCCACACUUGUCACUUUUGACAAGUCCUGACAUCCAGUGUGCCCCAACAGAAAAACCAGAGAUGCUAAAGGAAUAAAAAGUAAUUGUUGCUUCACAAAAAUGGACAUGACAUGAAGAAGGCAGAUGUCAUGAAUGGAACAAGAACAUCCUUUUUUUGACACUGGCAGCAACUUUCGGUUCUAUUUUUCAACAGCCUUCCUGUUUGAUGUGGCUUUCCUUCUAAUUUCAUUGCAUAUUUUACAUAUUGCCAAGGCAUAGCUCUGUAUAUGCCUCAUUAUGUGUUAACAUCAUUAAGCUGCUACAUCUGAAGUCUUUAAUGGAAUAAGGAGACAGAAAGGAUUUAAUUUCAAGACCUUUUCCCUAAAUUGACCUGGUGUUGACUGAGCUUUACUUGUAGACUGUAGAACCUGUAUUUGUCUUGGACAUUGUUUAGUGUAAAGCUCUACUGGUGACCGAGUGGUUACAUUUACAUUGCAUUCUACAUUUAUGCAUUUGAUAGAUGCUGCAAGGCAUUCAAGGUAUAUAUUAUUAUUAGAAUGUGAGUUUCUGGAAAACCUUUAGAUUACAUUUCAAUAUGCUCUCAUAAUGACUGAAGGAGCUUAAAUAUUUUACCAUAAAUCGGACAUGUCAUUUCAUGCACCAUGUCCAUAAUCCUGUGUAAAAUGGUGUCAGAACCAUUUGUUGCUGGUACUUAUAAAAUUUCCCAUUUUCUGGUUUAUCGUCCCACAUUCCUUGGCAGUGCUUUGUUUUGCUACAUGUAACAUUACAAUGAAGAAUAUUGUACUGUAGUAGAAAUUGAGACAUUUGUAUUGUGUUGGUUAUUGUAUUUGUACAGUAAUGACUUGGUGUCUUGAAGGUUUUGUCAGUUGUAAAUUGAGGCAAGGUUUUAACGCUUAUUUUAACCUUCAACUCUAGCUUUGGACAGACAAGGAUUGUGAGGCUGAAGAAUGUAAUGGAUUAUUUAGCUUUAUGGUGUGUGGGAAAGCUAAGCAUUCUCAGGAUUUUAUUUUUCACAGAUAAACACUUCAAGUUGUCAGCAGAACAAUUUCUGUGAGAUUCACUUCCUGUUAGAUACCAUUCAAUUUCUCCUUUCUUAUUUAUGUUUUGACAUUACAUAUGAUUCAUUUACAGGUUUAAGCCAUUUAGGUAAACUCUAUUGAUUAAAUAAGCACAACUUGAGCACUAUGUGAAUUAUGUUAUUUAUAAUCUUGACCAACAGUGACUUGUUUAUUUGGAUUAUUGAGUUAAAUUUAAUUGGAAAGAUAACAUGAAUAAUUUUUCAGAAAUUAAAGAGUCAUAAUAACAUCCACAUCUACUCUGUCCUUUACUAAUUCUUAAUUAAGAGCUACUAGAUGCAAAAAGCAUCUUCCAGCCCAAAGUUAUAAGUGCUUUAACACUGAAUAAACGUUUAAUCAUGCAUUUCCUUUAGGUGUUUCAAAGUUGUAAAUCUUCAUUAAAUUGUGUUUGGUUUUCGUCUUUUAUGUCUUUUUUUUUGUCUUCUAUGACAAAAUGCAGUCAAAACAUAGACAUGCACAGAGAUGCUGUUCGAUGCAGUAAACAUUGCAUUUUCUGUCUUGAAGUUCUCAAAGCUGUUUUUCAUCCUUUUGAUUUUCAGAAAUGGUUAAUACAAUUGUUUGUGUUUAAUUUCAUGAAGUUUUUAUUACACACUGAUAGUAUCAUGCAUACUUGGUCUGGUAUUUACACAGUCCACACAACCAGUUACUGGAUUACCUGCACAUUGCAUCAGGACCUUGGUUACUGUAGAUAUUCUUAGCUAAAACACAUUACGAAAAGUGAUUACACAAUUUAAGAUUGAUUGCCUGGUUUGAAAAUCAACCAAGAUUAGCACUCAGACAGGAGAAUGAAUAGCCUAUAUGUCACUCAGCAGUCAAGGGGUGUAGUGCUUUAAGAAAAAUAUUGUCUGGAAGUCAUCAAUUAAACUGGAAGACCAUACUCUUGUGGCCAAAAGCAUCAGUGUUACAAAUUGGUUGGAUGGUUUUGUAGUCAGCCUCUGUAACUCACUUUGUAUUUAGCCAAUCAGGACUGUUGUUUUGUUGUACGGGUAACCACAGUGCAUUACAGAAUUAAAUAAUAUCUGGGAUACUGAUGCCGUGGUGUACACAUGUGAUGCACGUUGCCGCCCAUCUCUAAACUGGGAUACUUUAGUGUAAAAAGCUUCUCUGGCUCUUACAAGAACAGUAAUGGAUACAUGAUCAGAUAACUUUAUGAAAGAUCACAGAGUUAAUGACUUUAGCUAACCAAGCCCUCAGUCAGUACCUGAAGAAUUUACCUCUAAUUUAGUUUGCAUCUUUUGAAUUUUCAACAUUGUGAUCAUGUGUGUACCAGUUAUUAUUUCAUAAAGCUCUUGUUGAAUUGUAUGCAUUUUAAA